AGGAUAUUGAAUCACAUGGGGGAGAGAAGAGAAUGACGACGAUGGUAAAACUAAAUUUUAUAAAGUUUUUCAUUUUCAUGUGUAUAAAAAUGCGAUUCUUUGCUUUCCUUUCUUCUUACUCUCCACAUCCUUUCUGACACCUCACCUCUCCCACCACCUCCGUUCCGUUCCGUUCUCCAAAAAAAAAAGAGAUUUGAUCGGCGAGAUUAAUGGACUCGAAUCAGACGACGACCACCACGAGCUCUAGCUCCGAUCUCUCUCACCGUAAGCGCAAGAAGAAAUCUCCACCGUCUCCGCCUCCUCCAUCGUUGCAGAAAUGGAGAUCGGAGAAGCAGCAACAGAUCUACUCGACGAAGCUCGUCCAAGCUCUCCGCGAGCUUCGAAUCAGCCAGACACCUUCUUCACCAUCCAACCCUCGCAACGGCAGAGCCGUGCGCGAAGUCGCCGACAGGGCCUUGGCCGUGGCGGCGAGAGGCAAAACGCUCUGGAGCCGAGCGAUUCUAUCCAAAGCCGUUAAGCUCAAAUUCAGGAAACACAAACGGCAGAGGAUCACGGCUCCUUCGGCGUUGACUCACCCGGUAAUCGCGACCGGGAGUAUCAGGUCAAAGAAACAGAGAGGGGCGACGGUUAUGAGGAUCAAGGCCAAAGGACUGCCAGCUGUACAGAGGAAAGUCAAAGUUCUUAGCCGGUUAGUUCCCGGUUGCCGUAAACAGACGUUACCGGUGGUUUUGGAAGAGACCACUGAUUAUAUAGCUGCUAUGGAGAUGCAGAUUCGUGCCAUGACUGCUCUUCUCUCCGCCGUCACCUCUCCGACAGAACAUGAAGAGGAGGGACAAACACAUGUGCUUGGUUAGUUGGCCAAACUGUCUUUUUCCUUUUUCUUUCUUUUUUUCAAUUUACAAAAAAAAACCAAAAAAAAAUGUUUCUCAUUUAUUUUUUCACUGUACCGUUUGCGGUUUGAAUAUUUUACUAUUUGUCAUUUUACCAUUUCAUCAUGUAUAUCCAUUUUUAUCUUGAAUCUCUCUCUGUGUUACAGUGAUUGAGCUCUGUAAUCGUAAUAAAUUUCAGUUUAUUGAUAAUCGUGGAAGUACAUUUCAGUUUCAA